GCGCGCACUAAACAGAAGAGUUGAGAAAGUCAGCGUGGAGUUGCAAGUGACUGAAAGCCUUUAAAUUGGUGUUUUAAAGAUGGCAUAUUACGAACAUAUCUAUUUCGACGAUGAUUUAUCAUCCGAUAACAGCUCGGACUUCGGCUCCGGGGACAUCGGAGCCAACCUCGAUGCCCCAUGCGACGUGGAAGUCAGUCACGACUUCCAGCGGAUCUUUCUUCCCACCGUGUACGGGAUCAUAUUUGUUUUGGGCUUAAUCGGAAACGGAUUCGUGGUUUUGGUGAUGGGCUGCCAGAGAAAAUCCAGAACCAUGACGGACAAGUACCGUCUGCAUCUCUCCGUGGCGGACCUUCUGUUCGUGCUCACCCUGCCGUUCUGGGCCGUAGACGCGGCCAAAGACUGGUGCUUCGGUGGUUUUAUGUGCGUGACCGUGCACAUGAUUUACACGGUCAAUUUAUACAGCAGCGUGCUGAUCCUCGCCUUUAUCAGUUUGGACCGGUACCUCGCCGUGGUGCGGGCCACGAACAGCCAAGGUCCGAGGAAACUUCUGGCCAAUCGCAUCAUUUACGUGGGCGUGUGGCUCCCCGCGGCGCUCCUCACGGUACCCGACCUGGUGUUCGCAAAGGCGGAGUCGAGCUCCAUCCAAACCUUUUGCGAGCGAAUCUACCCGCAGGACUCUUACAAAACAUGGGUGGCGAUUUUCCGCUUUCAGCACAUCCUGGUGGGCUUCGUGCUGCCCGGGCUCGUGAUUCUCAUCUGCUACUGCAUCAUCAUCUCCAAGCUGUCGCGCGGCUCCAAGGGAACGCAGAAGCGCAAAGCGCUCAAGACCACCGUGGUUCUGAUCUUGUGCUUUUUCAUCUGCUGGUUGCCGUAUUGUGGAGGGAUCCUGCUGGACACUUUGAUGAUGUUGGAGGUGAUUCCUCACAGCUGCGAGCUGGAGCAGGGGCUGCAGAAGUGGAUCUUCGUGACGGAGGCUCUGGCGUACUUUCACUGCUGUCUCAACCCGAUCCUGUACGCGUUUCUCGGAGUGAAGUUCAAGAAAAGCGCCCGCAGCGCGCUCUCCCCAAGCCGGGGGUCCAGUCUGAAGAUUCUGCCAAAGAAGAGAGGCGGUAUGUCAUCUGUAUCAACAGAGUCCGAAUCUUCCAGCUUUCAAUCUAGUUAACACAUGGGCUCGCAAGCCUUGGAUAGUGAACUUUUUAUGAUGUUGAUAUGAAAACGCAUGUGUGCUUUAGGCAGAGCCUAAAUUCUACAUUGCUCGAAUGUAAAUAUGUUUGGCAGUUUGGAUCACAUAAUGAAUUUUGCUUCCAGUAUUACUGUAAAAUCUCUUCAUAGGGAGAAGAGGAGAACAUGAAAUGUCCAAAACGUACACUGUAUAUAGCAUGUAUAUAACUUUUUUACUGAUUCUUUUCUGCACUUAUGUAGACCAUUGCAAUUAUUUAUUACAUGAUAGGACAGACACCUGAAUUACUGCUUAUUUGAGUCCAUUUCAGUCCGAAAAGCUGCUUUUGCUAUGUGAAGUCUUUGCAAUAAAUACUCAAGAUUUUA